CCCUCCGUGUCCCCCUGACCCGGAAGGAGAAACGCCGAAACGCCCGGCCCCCCGCGGCAAAGUUAGGUUUGUACGGGUGCCGAGAGGGCUGCCCGCGCGCCGUCUACCAUUCACGGCCGGUGCAGGCUGUGACUUGGACGCUGGCACGGGCUUCGCCUGCAGCCGCAGCUCCCGCCGCCGCAUUCCACUCGUCCCUUCCCCACCGCGACGCUCUUCCCAGCACCCGAUACCUCGGGGCAGAGUAAACUUACUAGAAGACAGCAAGGACCACGUAUUUUGAAAAUGGAAAACAAAGCACCUGUGGAUUCUCAUAAAGUUACCAAAGAGUCUAUCCUAACAGAAGAGUUGAUUACAGAAGGAAAAUGGGUCAAGCUUGAACAAACAACUUAUGUGGAUCCCACUGGUAAAACAAGAACUUGGGAAACUGUGAAACGUACUACUAGGAAAGAAGGACUUUCUGCUGAUGGUGUGGCAAUUAUCCCAGUAUUACAAAGAACUCUUCAUUAUGAAUGCAUUGUCCUGGUGAAGCAGUUCAGACCCCCAAUGGGAGGCUACUGCUUAGAGUUCCCUGCAGGUCUAAUAGAUGACAAUGAAAGCCCAGAGACAGCUGCUCUUCGUGAACUUGAGGAAGAAACUGGUUACAAAGGUGAUGUUGCUGAAUGUUCUCCAGCUGUAUGCAUGGACCCAGGUUUGUCAAAUUGUACCACACAUAUAGUGACUGUGAUGAUUAAUGGAGAUGAUGCUGAAAAUGUGAGACCUAAACCAAAGCUUGGAGAUGGAGAAUUUGUGGAAGUAGUUUCUUUACCAAAGAAUGAUCUAUUGAAGAGAAUUGAUGACUUGGUAGCUGAUGAACAUCUCAAGGUGGAUGCCAGAGUCUAUUCUUAUGCUUUGGCACUGAAACACGCCAAUGCAAAACCCUUUGAAGUGCCAUUCCUGAAAUUCUGAAACUGACCGAGACUCACCUUUAUGUUUUUAUAAACGAGGCCAAUCUUUCACAGUUUGGACUUUGUAUUCACAUAGUUAAUGUAGGUUUUGAAUUAGCUUUUUCAUAAAAUAAAGGCAAUAUAGAAUGCA